CUCACUCACUGAAGAAUUCGACAGUUUGCAAGAAAGAACUCAGAAGUAUUUGGACAUUAGAAAAUUGCAUAGAAAACUUUUAGUUAUACUAAAAUAAUUGAAUUAACGUUAAGGGCGUAGCAAUCGCGGUGUACAGAGAAGGCCCAAUAAUUUGAUUCGUAUAAAGUGCACAGAAAGCGUACUAUAUUUGGAGACAACUGCUGGUCGUACCGUAUUAUGGAAGAAAAAUGUCCCAAAUCUAUUGAUUCGAAUAUAUUUGGCAUUGCCACAACCACCGUUGUUGCUGCCGAUAAAAAUAAAAAGGAACAAUCAGAUUCAUUAUCACUGAAUCAACAACCUUCAACUUCGUUCAAUUUGAAUACGGCCUCAAUGUCGCUGUUGCAAGGUGAAUUCGUUGACUCACGACAUGAUUUUGCAGAAGUUUUGGACGACGAAACUACUACUUCCGGUGUAUUGGAAACAUUUGAAAUAAGUUCGUCCAACUCUCUACCGCCAAACAGUUCAGAUGGGCACAGAGAAGUUGUGGUGGACGACAGUUCUUCUACAGAUACAAUUAAAUUGGUGGGAGUGUCAGAUGACACAUCAUGCACCAACAAGAAAUUUUUCGAUGUCUCAGAAGUUUUUGUAAUAAAUGAUGAUGAUGAUGAUGACGAUGAUGAAGGUGUUGUACCGGGAAGCGAGGUAGCGGAAGUGGAAGAUGUAUCUUUAGCGCCUGCGAAUGAAAAUGAUAUUAAUCAGCAUUGUUUGGAAGAUAAUUCCAAUCAGCAUGAGCCCAAUCGUUUUUCGACAAACAGUACCAAUAGUCAAUUGAGCAAUGAUAUGGGCAGCGUUAUUGUGACGAAUGGGCACGGUGCGACAAUUUAUCUCGAAACACCAGUGGUGGAGGAACAAAAUCAACAUCAUGCUCAGCUAAAUAAUAUCGGUGGUGGUGAAAAAGGAGAGUUUGGUGAGAAAACAGGAAAACCCAAACGUCUGAGCGAUGAAUUUAUGCAAACAGAUGAGGCAGAACCAUUUGGCAAAAUGGAUGAAAACAAUGCUCGAACUACAACCGGCGAAGCUAAGUCUAGCGUAAUAACAGCACUUUUAGGGCUUGAUGGCUAUGAAAUACUUCCUGAUCGCAUGUCAUUUCGACUGAAAAAAAUGAACAUAAGCAACACGUCUAGUGAAAAGCUACGCGAACGUCCUUCCAGUUCAAAAAGCAACGAAAAUAAUAUUGAAGUAUUACCAAGACCACAAAUUGCCGAUAUCGAAACGAUUGAUGCGAUAGAACGCACCGAUUUCGAGGAAGAACAGCGGUUGACAGGUGGUAUUAUUUUGAAAAAUAGCACAGUCGCGAAGAAAAACAUGCUUAACUUAAGGCUGAUAAAAUCGUCAUGUAUGCAGAAUCAGCAAAAACACUCAGGAAGCCAACAGGAACAGUUGGAGUUGGGAGAUGAUUGUCCCAGCAGCAGCAGCAAUAUAAAUAAUAGCAGUCACAACGGUGUUGGUCGUGCCGUUUCAUCUGACAGCAAGUGCGCUUACAAGGAUCCAACGUCAACGCCAACAAGUAGUCGCCCUCACACCAGUCGUUUAACCAAAUCUACUGCCAAACUUAAUUUGUGCUCUUCUCUAAGUCAUCCCUUACACCGGCAAACACAAUCAUUUCAAGAUAGAACCAAAGGUGCCAACAAUUCCAAAACACAGCUAAAAUCAACACAAACCGGCAAUAAGAACAGUGUGACAUCGUUAACAUCAUCCUCCCAUACGUUUACGAAUUCCGUUUCGUCGGCAUCUACAUCUACAACUGCUUCUUCGUCCUCCUCAACGGCAUCAUCUUCUUCAUCUUCAUUAUCUUCGUCUGCAUCAUCUUCAGUAAUUGUAGAGGCACCUACUGCCACACCGACUUCAUCCUCAUCAUUGCCCGGCGCCGCGGCUUGCACAGUUGGCGGCGGGGGAGCGGAAAUAUACUCAAACUCUAAUUCGAAUGACAGUCUUAUGAGUAGUACAUCAACAACCAUCAAUUGUGGACAGCGAGUGCAACAGCAGCAGCAGCCGCAACAGCCACAGCAGCCGCAGCAACCACAGCAGCAGCAGCAGCAGCAACAACAACAACAACUAAUACCCUAUAUAUUGGUUGAUAAGUCCGAUGUAGGAGGCUGUAGUCGCACAAGUUCUAUGCAUGCCGUUGUAGCCGUAGCUGCAGAUAAUGCUGCACUCGCUGCAGCUUCCACAGGCGCCGAAGUCAUUCCUGUUUUCGAUGACGCUCAACCUUCAACUUCGUCUGCUCGCUGUCAUUAUGCUCCGUCCAUGAAGAAUUUACGUCAGGUACACGCUAGCGCUCAAACGAAUGAACGUUACCUUAGACGUUCUGUUGGCUCACUGGAUUCGGGAAAUGUCAAUGCCCUUCCAACUACUGCAAGAUUUCGUCGACGCGCCGAAUUUGCAGCUCAGCUGACCAAUCCUCCUGACGAUAUGUCUCUUGAAGCUUUCAAAGCAUUGGCCCAAGCUGCAGCUCAAGCAGUUAUGUCUGAUUAUAAUGAGGAAGCUUCGUGGGCCGAUUGUGACGAGAACACUUCCGAUGAGGAAAUAUGUACUUGCAAUCAUAGUAGUAGUAGCAGCGCAAGCAAUAGCAGUCACGGCGGUAGCAAUACCAGCUUAAACGAGACGGACGUUGAUGGAGCUGACAUUUCUUCGACCGGCGCUGGUGCCGAUGUCAGCGCGAAUUGCACAGCCAAAGAUGGUGAUCUGUCAAAUUAUAUACAAAUGGUUUCGAUAUCAGAGGAGGUGGGUGGCAAUGGCGGCGCGAACAACACUGCCGAAAAUGCAUCCACCUGUGCGCACAUUAACGCUCAACAGCGUAAGCGCAAAUACGAUAGCCGUUUGCCGGAUGCCAACGCCAAUGCAGUAAUAUCCAGCAGCGGUAAUACUGCCAGCAUUGACGAUGUUAAUGGAAGAAAGCGUAUAGCUUAUGAUUUUGCGUUAACGCCACGCCACUGUAGUGCUUUAGUAGCUAAACCCUCCACAACUUCAACGCAAUUGGUACCGCUGUCAGCCAUCAAUAACUCGCCUGUGGGUCGUCGAACUCCGCGUUCCAUAAUACCUACACGUGAGAAUCCACCUCCCGAAUUACAACAUUGGCUGACACAAUUUCAACGUUGGACACAUGUUGAGCGACUUAUGGCCAUCGAUCGUCUGAUUGAGUAUUGCGAGCCAACACAAGUUCGUCACAUGAUGAAAGUGAUUGAACCACAAUUCCAACGCGACUUUAUUUCACUGCUGCCGCGUGAGUUAGCAUUGCAAGUGCUUACUUAUUUGGAUCCAAAAGAUUUGUUGCGUGCUGCGCAAACUUGUCGCAGUUGGCGCUUUUUAUGCGACGAUAAUUUGUUGUGGAAGGAGAAAUGUCGCAAAGCGCAAAUACUCACGGAGCCGCGUACGGAUCGACCGAAGCGCGGACGUGCGGGCAAUAUGCCACCAAUUGCCUCACCAUGGAAAGCGGCAUAUAUGCGCCAGCAUAUAAUCGAAAUGAAUUGGCGUUCGCGACCAAUACGCGAACCGAAGGUACUGAAAGGGCAUGACGAUCAUGUUAUCACUUGCCUCCAAUUUUCCGGCAACCGCAUAGUGUCGGGCUCAGAUGACAAUACAUUGAAGGUUUGGUCGGCUGUGACUGGCAGGUGUUUACGCACGCUGGUCGGUCACACUGGUGGCGUCUGGUCCUCACAGAUGGCGGGUAAUAUAAUAAUCUCAGGUAGUACCGAUCGCACGCUGAAAGUCUGGGACAUGGAUUCCGGUCAAUGUUUACACACAUUGCAGGGGCAUACAUCCACCGUGCGAUGUAUGCAUUUACACGGCAAUAAAGUCGUCAGUGGUUCACGCGAUGCGACUUUACGUGUUUGGGAUAUUGUGCAAGGUAUAUGUUUGCAUGUUUUGAUGGGUCAUUUGGCGGCGGUGCGUUGUGUGCAAUAUGAUGGCAAAUUGAUAGUGUCGGGAGCUUACGAUUACAUGGUAAAGAUUUGGCAUCCCGAACGGCAGGAAUGUCUACACACCCUUUCUGGGCACUCAAAUCGUGUUUAUUCCUUGCAGUUCGAUGGAAUACACGUGGUAUCCGGUUCGUUAGAUACCUCUAUACGAGUUUGGGACGUUGAGACUGGUAAUUUGAAGCAUAUACUCAUGGGUCAUCAAAGUCUGACAUCUGGCAUGGAAUUGCGACAGAAUAUUUUGGUGUCUGGUAAUGCGGAUUCCACGGUGAAAGUUUGGGAUAUCACAACAGGACAAUGCUUGCAAACUUUGUCAGGUCCCAAUAAACAUCAAUCGGCUGUAACGUGCUUGCAAUUCAAUUCACGUUUUGUGGUAACGAGCUCUGAUGAUGGCACCGUGAAGCUGUGGGAUGUGAAAACUGGUGAAUUCAUACGUAACUUGGUCGCACUGGAUUCGGGCGGCUCGGGUGGCGUUGUCUGGCGCAUAAGAGCGAACGAUACGAAAUUAAUAUGCGCAGUCGGUUCGCGUAAUGGUACGGAAGAAACCAAACUCAUGGUUUUGGACUUUGAUGUAGAAGGAGCUUGUGUAAAAUGUUCAUAGAAAAUGUGACAACCGGUUGCUGCAAAUAAAUACUACAUCUAAUUAAACAUAUUACACCUAAGGAGCAGAAAUUCAUAGUGGCAGCAUUUGUCAGCAAAAAAAAAGCAAACACCUCACAUAAGACUCGACAAACGAGUCACAUGUUUGUAUGUAUACGGAUUUCGUUGAAAUUGUCCAAAGCGAUGCAAUUUUUCUAAUGUCAUGUACACGCGCGCCACACAAAUUUCUGCUGGAAUUUUACCUCCCUAAGUUUAGUACGAAAAUAAUGGUUUACCCUGAUGUCAUGUUAAGAAAAUGCCGGCAAACAAAAACAUGACGUUAUUGGGUGCAUAGAUAUAUGUAUUCCAAAUGCUAUCUGAACUAACAGUGAAAUUAACUGCUGCAAUUCGCAUAUGAUAAUUGGUAAUAAUUGAAAUAGGCGGUGCCCAAUUGGAGGACGUGCAUACAAAGCUGGCUCUCAAUAUUAAGCAGAACUUGUUUAAAUUACUUAACUUGAAUUUAGUUGAAAACUCUUCAUGAAUUUGCUUAAAAUUCAUUUAUCAUGCAGAAAUGAAAAUUCAUAAAAUUCCAUGCCUAAAUCCUCCAGUUGGGUAUAUCGAUAAAAUUGUGUCUAGCUCCAAGAAAUAUGGCAAUGUACCGUUAAAAGUGUAAAGGAAAAAAAGAGAGCAAAAUAAUAUACCGUUAUUAUGGCGUGUAAAGAAAACAAGAAAGCAAAAAGAUGUACCGUUAUAACCGCAUGUAAAAAAUGAGAAAAAAAGAUGUACCGUUAUAAUGGUGUGUAAAGAAAAAAAGUGAGAAAAAAGUUGUACCGUUACAAUCGCGUGUAAAAAAAGAGAGCAAAACCGUGUAGAGUUCAGAAAAUUUAAUUUUGGUAAUUCGUUUUACAUAUUCGCACAUACAACAACAAGAGGAAAUUCAAAACAUUUAUACACAUAUUUUUUGUGUUAGUAGUACAACUAAUUUGUAUUUUUAAUGUUUACAUAUUUCACUUAAUUUAAGUUAUAGAGUUUGAACUUAACACAUUUUAAACGAAUUCGUCUGAUAAAACAGUGGAAAAUCGUAACAAUAUAGAUCAUAUUAAUAAUGAGAGCUUUAUAAUCUUAUCAUGUACGAGUAUGCGUAGCGAUUUGGUUUGCGUUUAUAAACAUACCUACCUACUUACUUAUAAAAUAAUGUCAAUUGAAGUUGUUGUAAAAUUUACAUAUUUCAUGCUUCAACACUUAGCUGCAUACAUAUAUAUUUCUAUAUGCAGAUAUUGUGCAUUAUCCCCUCACGUUUUUUUUAUUUUUUUUUUUCCCCUACUAUUGUACUGUUAAAUCUUUUUAUGUUGUUGGCAAAGCUUAAAUCCUCUAGCAAUUUGCGAACAGCAAGUAUUUCAAGCAUACUCAUGCGCGUUGAAGUAAUUGUAAACGAUUUUAUUUAGAGAUUUUCAAACGAAAAUUAUGUUCUUCCACAGAAACCACCAUUCGGCACAGUUUUUCGUUGUGCAUUUGGUGGUGCGUAAUUUGUUACAAAAAAAUUAGUAAAUUUCUGUUUUACUUUUUUUUUAAACAACUCAAGUUUAAAGAGUCAUCACGUUAAUAGUUUUGUUUAAAUUGUGUUAUCAAACCAAACAUUCACAUACAGUUGUUAGGUAGUAUUUUUUUGAAAUUAUUAUUAUUAUAAUAAUUUGUAUUUUCACGAUUUGUUAGCUUCGUUCAAAGCAUUCAGAGCAAACGCGCAAUUGUUAUAGUCCGUUUAAGAAACAAACAACACAUUUUUAAGGCAACGCUGUCCGAAUCUUCAGUUGAUUAAUUUGAAAUAUGGCUUGUUACAUUUUAAAAUAAUUAUAUUUGCCACGAAUAUUGCCAUGCAUAAGAAUUUUCACAUAAAUUUUCUGCAAAGAGAAUCCGAAUGCAUAUUUAUAUAGAGAAAAAAACUAAAAGCUAAACAAAUUGAACAAAAAAUACAAACCUAUCGCAGCUAGUAAACGAAAAAUCGAAGAAGAUACAACCGUACACACAAGCUAAAGUUUGAAUGUAUGUAUAAGAUUUGUGAAUUUGUGUAGCAACGCACACAUGCAUAGGCAACGCCUCACAAUGCAUGAUAGCUAGGGUAUGUAGUACAUAUACUAUAAAUGACUAUUAAGCCUUUGAAAACAAAUCGUUUUGAUAAGCAUAUGAAAAAACCCCUGAGUUUGGGUUUUUAAUGAAAUUAUUGUUUUAUUUUAUAUUCGUUUAUACAUAAGUCACGUGGUGUAACAUGUGCAAGCUCGUUCGCUGGAAGCCGAUUCAUGUUUAUGUGUCUGUGUGUGUGCGUGUGUGCGUAUAGAAUAUAUUAAGUGAAGCAUAAAAGAGAAGCAAACAAAUUGAAUAUUAAAUUUUAAUUAUAGACUGAUUUAUUAGUAACUAAUCUAUAUUUUAAUAACAUUACUGUAUCAGUUUAAGUAUAACAAAAAGGAUAAGAAAACAAAAAGCGAUGCGAAAAGAAUGAAAAACAUACAAGUAUAAUACAUUAAAGUUCAGGUCAAAAUUUUGCCGUCGCAUGAAAACAACAGCAGCAGCAACAAGCCAAGCGAAUUAAAAAAAAAACAAAACAAAAACGUGUUGGCUUCUCACCACGAUCACACAUAAUCAGUAUAUAAAGCGUAAAUAUAUACACACAUACAAAUACAAAUAAAUAUAUGUAGUUAUAUAUAUAUAUAUAUAGUGACGAAACACAUUCAUUCAUCAUCAAUUCAUUAUUUCAUCGUUUCAUCACGACGCCACUCGUUGGGUACACCACAGACGCUUGCUUGUUGUUUGCUUGAUUUGUGCGCGCGCGCAAGCGUAACAGCUAUUAGUGUAAAAGCAUCCAAUAAUUAAUGUACUAAAACUCUAAAAAACAAAUUAAUUGCAUAUAUACUAUAAUUGAAUGCAAAACAAUUACAUACAUAUAUCUAUAAUCGCAAUAAAUUCAUAAAUUGAUUAAUAAAAUACAGUAAAUGUAAACAAAAUA